AUGAGUCACAUGGAUCAUGCUGCCUUCGUCGGCACUUAUACAGGAUGUGCUCAAAAAGAGCUUUUUCUCGGAGAGCUUGUGGUUCUUCUUGCUCUAAUGCUGAGAAACGUUUCGUUACCAUGGAUUUUUCUUGGUAGAAAGUUUAACAGUAGUACGUGUAUGUAUUGGUUCAAGUUUCUCUUAGACUAUACGUUUCUAGCGCUUCCUCCUUUACUGGCAAUGACAAUUUUUUCACAAUCAUUAAUUUUGCUCACAUGUGUGACUGUCGCAUGCCUUGCUACAAUAAUAGUAUUUAUUAUCUGCGAAUAUUUUAUGUCAUCGGAUCGACCAUCUAUUAGGUCAGUAUUAAAUAGGAUCAUCGACGAACAGCAUCAACCAACAACUUUCCUCACAUACUUCAGGUCCAGCAUGUUGCUAUCAGUUGCUGCAGCUAUACUUGCUGUUGACUUCCCUAUUUUUCCGCGUCGUUUUACCAAAACAGAAAAGUAUGGUCAUAGUUUGAUGGAUUUGGGUGUGGCAGGAUUUAUUUCUGCCUCUGCUAUUACUAGCCGACUUAAGAGUAUUGUAUCUAACGAGCUAAAGCCCUAUCAGAAAAGCUGGUAUCAAUAUUUUCGUUCUUCAUACGUACUACUCCCUUUAAUAGGAAUGGCACGAACUAUUGUGCUGACAAUUCUAGAUUACCCUCAACAUGUUACUGAGUAUGGUGUACAUUGGAACUUCUUUUACACUUUAGCUGUAGUGAAAAUGGUUUCUCAUGUAUUUCCAAAAAAGUUCCCUCUAAUAUGGGCAUGCAUUUUUGGAGUUUUACAACAAACCAUGCUUAUGUAUGGAUUCGAGUCUUGGAUUUUGGAUGGCACAAACAAGCGGGACACGUUGUUUUCGGCGAAUGCUGAGGGUAUCUGCUCGUUAAUGGGUUAUCUCACAAUAUACUACAUAUCUGAUGCAAUGGCCAAUUUCAUAUCUAAAACAGGGAUUCGCUUAAAGUCUUGGUUCUCUUGUACUUGGAAGCUUUAUCUAUUUUCUUUGUUUUUCUAUAUAAUUCAGCGCUUAUGUGAGCAUUCUCUGGGACCUCCGUCCCGACGCGUCGUUAACAUCACUUACGUCUUUGCACAGAUGUCGGUGCUUUCUUUUGCAUUAGCUGGUUUUAUGUGCAUUCAAUUAUUUUCACUGGUAGCAUGGGCAGCUAAUGUUCCACAUUUUUCCGUAGAUGAUAAUCCUUGGUGUAAUAUGCAGCCGUGCCUGACCACGUCUGUUAACAAGUCAGGCUUGAUGUUCUUUCUGUUGGCUAAUAUUCUAACGGGUUUCGUCAACUUCGUUAUUGAUACACAUCGAACAGAUGACGUUGUGGCUAUGUUUAUUCUAGUUACAUAUAUGUUUACGUUAUGUACUGUGGUGCAUAUCCUCAAUUAUACGAAAAUUAGAAGAGGACGUUAA